AUGGUCCCCGAGACACCGGUGUCUCGCCACACCCCGAGAGCGUCUGACGAAGCUUACGACGUUUACGACCCAGCAACGCUUACGACCUUUGCGCGGCAGCGCCAGCAGCCGACUGUUCGCCCUUCUUCCUCUCACUCUGUCGAGUCGCAAUUUCGUCCUUCCAGCGGCCUUGAAUCUCAUCGGCCAUUGCGCCGUGCCCGUCGCCAGUCCGACGCUCGCCAAUUGCUGCAUCGUCGAACCGUCUCCCUCGACGUCUCGGGCAUCCGUCCUCAGCCGACACCUUCAAUCCCGGUCUCGGUGCACCCGGCUCCUGCGACUGGUAUAGCUGCCCUACCACCGGCUCACUCCGAAGCGCAAACCGCCACCGACGGGUCCACCGUCGACGAUCCAUACCAACUCCUCGACACCUCGUAUUGGCCGCGGAGAACCACCGGAGUCUCGUCGCGCACUGCCUCGGCUAUCCUCUUUGCUCUUGAGGACGCCAUCCGCCGGCCGUUCUCGUUCACCACCGACUGGUCCGAGGUGAAUGCGUCUAUGUCAGAUAUGGUAGGUGUCGCUGGUCCCGCCGGGCCGAUGGGUAAUGGCCGUGUUCAGAAUGGCGCAUCUCGCGCAGCUCCGGGUCCCGUGCCGGGGCCAUCGCAGCCACCGAGUGGCGUGCGGACCCCGACGGACAUCAUGAGACAGCGUCGGGAUCGGGAAGCGCGCCGCAAGGCCGAACAAGAAGCUCGCGACAGGGAACAGGAAGAGCUGGACCACCAGCAAUUGGAGCAGGAACAGCAGGCGCAACAAUAUACUGCUGGCGUUGCCACCGAUACCAUGUCUCAGCCCAGAACCCGCAUCCCCCGAGCGUCCCGCGGACCUGAGAUGCAGCCGGAGACCGGCGCCGUCACUGCACCAGGCUCCGCACCUGCUUUUCGACCCACGGCUGCUCAAGCUGGUCGCAGACCGGAGUAUCAGGCGGUACCGCCGACCUCUGGUGCGGGAGAAGUGCCCACCCAGCCACGGCCGGCACCAGCUUCCAAUCAACCACCCCUGGAUGGAUCUGCACCGCAGCAUGGUCGCUCGCAAAGUGCCGCAGCAGGACCCGGUGCUCACACAGGGCAGGGUGGAUUCUCGAAACCUGCUCAAGCUGCUCCCGCAGCACAGCCCGGCAGCUCCCAGACCCUACAACAGCCGCGUCGCGCCACUUUCCCUCAUGCAUUCGAACGAUGGGAGACGCUUUCUUCACAUUGGGAGGGGCUCACUGGGUACUGGAUCCGCAAGAUGGAACAGAACAAUGGGGAUCUGGAACGGGACCCGCUCAGCCAGCAGCUUGCUCGACAAAUCACGGACUUGUCCGCUGCAGGCGCCAACUUGUUUCACGCGGUAGUCGAAUUGCAACGUCUGCGUGCCUCCUCAGAACGCAAGUUCCAACGCUGGUUCUUCGACACCCGUGCCGAGCAGGAGCGAGCCAAAGAGGUGCAGGGUGAGCUGGAGCACCAGCUCAAGGCCGAACGACAAGGCCGCGCCGACGCCUUUGCCGCCGCCCAAACCGCCGAGAAAGACAAGACCCGGGCCGAGGAUCUCCUCCGGGAGAUGCGUCGCGAACUCCAAAUCUCCAAAGAGGAAGCGCGCCGUGCGUGGGAGGAGCUGGGCCGCCGCGAGCAGGAAGAGCGAGACCGUACCAAUUCCCUGCGAAGUGGGGAGCCCACGCUUGUCGGUGGAGUGCAGGUCGUCCCUAUGAUCCAGGGCCUGCCCAACCGCCACGCGGCUCGUCCCCCAACCCGGGAGGGCCCGUACCCCGGUGGCCCCACCGCGACAGCCAUGGGAGCGGAGCCAUACCAGGGCAAGGGGCCGGACCCGAGCGGAGGGCAACAAUACUACGAGCAAGACCCGCCGAUGUCACCCACGGGAUCAGAUCCUUUCACCGAGAACACCAAACCCGCAGACCCGAAUGCCCCCAAACCGCCUUACCCGGCCCAGUUCUAUGAGCACGACCAUCCCGCCGCCGCCGCCGCCACCGCUGCUGCUGCCUCCCCAUACACCGGCGCCCCGACCUCCGAGCCCGACGACCGCUCAUACGUCGGCAGCAGCGACGCUGGCGACGACGACUACGUCCACUACCCGCACGACGCCCAGGGCCACCCGUUCGCUUACCCGCCGCCGCCGCUGUCCGAGGAAAGCGACGACUAUGACCCUUCGCCCGUCGACGACCGCCUCUAUGUCACCAACGAAGGCGCCUACUCGGCCGCCACCUCCUCAGCCCCGAUGCACGCCCCUUACCCGCCCACGACCAUCGACUACAGCGGUUCCGGGUGGGGCGUCGGCACCGGGUGGGAGUCUGUCACGCCGCGUCAUCGCCAUCCCACCCGCCUGAGCGAUGUCCUCGAGGAAGACGAGCCCAGUCGCACGAGUCCGAGUCGUGCUAGCCAGGCCAGUCGUAGCAUGCACUAA